AUGGAUAGCACUGGAGUUCAAGGCCUUAAAGGUAGUUGGGAUUAUCUUGAUGGUGAAAAUUUUGAUGAAUAUAUGAAAGAAAUUGGUGUAGGAUGGGCAAUGCGUUUGACUGCUAAAGGUGUUAAACCCCGUCUUAUUAUAAGUGAAGCUGGUGGUAAAUGGACUGUCAGAACAGAAAGUGCAAUUAAAACUCUUUCAUAUGAUUUUACACCUGGUGUUGAAUUCGAUGAAACAACAGCUGAUGGACGUGAAGUUAAAUCUACUAUUAAAUUUGAAGGCAAUAAAUGGGUACACACAACUAUCGAUAAAAAUGGUAAAAAAUCAGUUGUAACCCGUUAUGUCGAUGAUAAAGGUCAACAAAUGAUUGAUAUGGAAUCUGGCUCAGUUAAAGCACGUCGUUGGUACAAACGUGUUGAUUAG